AACGUGCACUGCGUCAGUUUUUAAGCAUCAGCUGGUCACUAUUGCGGCAGUACGUGUGUGCAUGCACAUGCACGCAAUUAUCGCAAAUUCUAGCCAAAAUUAAGUGACGCGUUACGUAAGAAGCGGCGAACGGCGCGUCGCACGGCGAUUGAUUUAAUAAUAGUGCAAGUUGCAGCGGGACGUCGUUUCUUACAAAUGUAAAUCUGGUGUGAUCUCUGAGAAAGUGUCGCGCGCGGUUUGUCUCUGUGUGUCGGAGAACAAAACUUCUAGCACAGUUUUCUCUGAAGGUGCAUGCCCCCCGUGCGCGAGAUUUGUUCAAGGACGUCUUAGAUAGUGCAUCGAAAUUCCAUAUACAACGAAAACAUUUUAUAUCAAACGCGCGACAAUCGUGUUUUGCCUGCUUUGUGUGUUUUCUUUUUCCGUUCCCUCUCUCUCUCUCUCUUUCACCCCUCGUUUCGUUUUCCUCCUUCGUCUCCCUUGUUGUGCAUAUCUUUCGAGCUCGUGCAAAGUUCAUCUGUCACGCACGCGUGGGUACUGUGAUUCUCGGCGGCUCAAGUGACAGAUGCAUUAUGAGAGUUCGUUGACGGUACGUACGUCUGCUUGUGCGGUGUUCUCGUGUUUUUUUCGCGAACGUUUAGAGAUAUAUUGUUGGCACACACGGUGGGGCCAAUUUGUUGAAGCGAAAUAUUCGGAGAGUGCGUUUGAAAGUGCAUCGCCGAUUGUAUACAUUGCUCGUUUGACACUCGACUGAUAGUUCGCGACAAGUUGAACGGAAUGUCCGAUAAUACGAGCGAAGUAAAUUCACUCAGCGAAACGCCUAUGGAACAAGAGUCUUGUAAAGACAAUGACCAGACAAUUAUAGAAGAAAGUCCAAAAGACAACGUACAAACUACUCCGGUAACUGAGGCAACUUAUGCAGAACCAUUAAUCACGGAAGAGAUACGAUGGUUUUACAAAGACGGCGUUGACAAACGAUGGAAUGAAUUUUGUGGAUAUGACAGUUUUAGAAUUGAAAACAUUUAUCAGGAACGCCAAAAUUUAAUUGGCAAAAAUAACGACGAAACGAACAAUUUGCCAGCUACCGAAAAAAUUGUAGUUAGAGGCGGCAUGUAUGAUGUAGAUAUCGAUAAUAUGAAAUGUGUUUCAAUAUACUGGCCAGGCGAGGAAUGGGAAAUUAUGAGAGGCACAUGGUAUUACGAUGGCAGCUGGAUACCAUUAGAAACAGAACAUUCAAAAGUAAUAGAAGACGUUCAUCUUAAAUUAUUUCAAAAGGAGAGCAACAAUCAAAGUAGUUCUAAAUGUGAUACGAAUAACAGUCCUCAAUCUUAUAAAGUGUUGCAUACCGAACAGUUUCCAGAAUUUCACGUUGACUGGCAUUCAAUUAAUGAUGUAACACUAUAUAGCGAGUACACGCCUACUAAAUUGAUGCGUAGCGUUACAUCAAAAUUGGGGUUUGCUAAAACAACGGGUUAUCGAUUGAAAAGAGGCUAUAAAACGCGUGCAAAUAAAGAGGAUAAACCACGGGAUAUCGAUCAUUUAGUAUUCGUUGUCCAUGGGAUAGGACAAAAGCGAGAUACAGGAAAAAUUAUUCGAAACACCACAUGUUUUAGAGAUUGCGUGGAUUGGCUUAAGCAGAAAUAUUUUCCAAAUUCGAAACAUAGAGUGGAAUUCUUUGCGGUUGAAUGGCGAUCGUCAUUAAAGUUAGACGGAGAUAUAGUAGAUGCUAUCACGCCUUACAGUGUGUUGAGCAUACGUCACUUACUGAACACGUCGGCAAUGGAUAUUUUGUAUUACACAAGUCCUCUCUACGGAGGUGAAGUCAGAGCUGGUUUGCAAAGAGAAUUGAAUAGAUUAUACUUUAUGUUUGCGAGUCGGCAUCCCGGUUGGCAAGGAAAAGUUUCCGUUUUGGCACAUUCUCUAGGAUGUGUGAUUGUAUAUGACAUAGUUACAGGCUGGAUGGGACCUGACACACGACUCUCUUCUCCACAGGCGCAAGAAGAAGAUUUAUUACAGGGGCUGCAAUUUCCAAUUGAGAAUUUGUUCUGCUUGGGUUCACCGUUGUCUGUAUUCUUAGCGUUACGCACGCGUGCUCCAUCCAAUAGAUUAGAUGUGAUGCCGCAAAGUUUAUGCAAGAGGUUUUAUAAUAUAUUUCACUGGUCUGACCCUGUAGCUUACCGUAUGGAACCUCUUUUGGAAAGAGGCUACAGUAAAAUUGAGCCGGUUCUUAUACCUCCUUACGGGGGAGUUGAUGGACAGCAAAUACCACCGUCACCUUCGUUAUUGAAUACUAUAGAUCCAACUCUACCGCCUACAGAAACUGAUGAUAAAGAUGACAAAGAUGACAGUCCUACGGACGCACCAAAUCGUAAUGCAGAGAAAGGUUGGAGUCUUUGGGAUUUAGUGAGAAGUGGUUGGAACGCUAGAGAAGGUCCAUCUUCACCAACUCCGGAAUCAAAUCCACCGAUCCGUCCAGGUCAAGAAUUAGCGCAACGAUUGGAUUAUGUGUUACGUGCAGUUGGCUUAGGAAGAAAUUAUUUGUAUACAGUAACAGCACAUACGGCAUAUUGGAACAACUACGACGUGGCCUAUUUUGUAUUAACGAGACUCUUCCCAAAUCUAGAAACGUGAUGGCGGUUCAAACAUUUUAAUGCAGAAACGCAACAGAUUCUGCUAAAAUGUUCUAGUCCAUUGUAGACCUACUUCGCAAACGUGAUAUCAUAAAUAAGAUUAGUUUAUCAUGAAAUUACCAAACAAUCUGUGAUAAGACAAGAAAAAAACAAUACAAUAAUGUUGCAAAUUCUUCUGUGAAAAAAAAAGA